AUGCCUCCCCCUUUACUUCCAGACUCAAAGAAGACCUGGUGCCGUCAGGUUGAGGCCCACGGCCUAGAAGAUGACACCCUCUUCACGAUUACCCAAUUGAAUUCUGCCUCAAAGAUCGGACUACCUCAGUUCCUGAUGCUCCAGGUUCUUUACCGUCGAAUUCAGCCGAUUUCGAAACUAGAGAAGCUGUUCCAAGAUGGUGCGGUCACGGCAGAAAACUGGACAGCCGCCAAAACCUGCCUCGCCUCGUGCCAGCAGUACCAGGGUUAUAUCCACAGCAUAUUUUCUGGAGAGGCAGUUAUUGGGUCCUUUGCACCGGCUCGUCUAUACCAGAAGCAAUCAUCAGAGCUGAUCGAGCAACCAGACUCCAGUCCGGAAGUGGACAGUUCAAAGAUAUUUCUUCCAAAACGGGUAACCCGCAGCCAGACCCGAGCGGAACGAGGCUCCCCAACACCCAAGUCCAGUGCGGUAGAAACUGAGGAAUUUGCGAAACUAGCAUUGCAUACACCUAAACAGCCGUCAGGAGCAGGAGAUGGCUUCUCCUCAUCAUCGGCAGGAACCCCAUCAAGCUACCUAUAUAGCCCUAACAAUGGCACCCCAAUUCCUCCCAGCGUCGCAGACAAGGUUUACCGGUUUAUUGAGGAUGAGCAAAUUGUCAACUUUUCUCUCAUAGUGCUCUUAGACACACUCAUCAUGAUGUGUCCUGCGGUGAAAGGCUCUUGGAGCCCCUACCGCUGCCCCUUUUCAGUCCGGGACGCUGGAGUGGAGAUCUAUCAAGCCCGUGUUGACGGUGUAUUCCGCCCACAACAUGACCGACCGGGCAACAUGAUCGUCGAGGUCAAGCCGCAUAGCCGACAUGUAAAUCAGAUGGAUGUCAGCAUGCAGGAGUCCGCGCAAAUGGCGGCAUGGAUCGCCGACUACCCGGAUCUAGAGAGCCGGAUCCGCACCAAGAAGGAGAAGGCCGCUCUGGGAAAAGGCAAAGAGACUGUGGGAAAGCCUGUGGCACGGCCGGAGCAGGCGAAGGAGGAGGACCCAAUGCCGCCGAUGCUCAAAUAUCGGCGCGCUCUCAUUUCGCAGAACCGCCGGGAUGUGUACAUCACAAUUGGCAGUUACGACGAGGACUACAUUGACUAUAUUACAAAUGUCUGCCAGACCAAGUCUUUCCUUGUUAUGGACUGCUAUGGGCCAUUCUCUGUUACUGAUGCCUCAAACAUGGAAAGACUAUGCCAUAUUAUGCUUGCUCUAUGUCUCCAGGGACGGAUUCUUGAUAAGUAG